AUGGGACAAAAUAACUCUACCCCUCUCUCCCUCACUCUAGAUCACUGGAGGGACGUGAGAGCAAGGGCUCACAAUCUGUCCGUGGAAAUCAGAAAGGGAAAAUGGCGGACCUUUUGUUCCUCCGAGUGGCCCACGUUCGGUGUCGGGUGGCCGCCGGAAGGAACUUUUAAUGUUUCUGUUAUUUCCGCAGUUAAAAGGAUUGUCUUUCAGGAAAUCGGGGGACACCCGGACCAAGUUCCAUAUAUCGUGGUGUGGCAAGACCUCGCCCAGAGUCCCCCGCCAUGGAUGCCGCCCUCCGUCAAGGUCGCUGUCGUCUCCAGUCCAGAGAGGCCAUCCGCUCCUCCCCGACCCCCCAUCUACCCGGCAACAGACGACUUGCUCCUUCUCUCUGAGCCCCCGCCCUAUCCGGCAGCCCUGCCACCUCCUCUGGCCCCUCAGGCGGUCGGACCGGCGCCAGGCCAGGCGCCCGAUAUCUCCGAUCCUGAGGGACCAGCCGCGGGGACCAGGAGUCGCCGUGCCCGCAGUCCGGCAGACGACUCGGGUCCUGACUCCACUGUGAUUUUACCCCUCCGAGCCAUAGGACCCCCAGCCGAGCCCAACGGCCUAGUCCCUCUGCAAUAUUGGCCUUUCUCUUCAGCAGAUCUUUAUAAUUGGAAAUCUAAUCAUCCUUCUUUUUCUGAAAAUCCAGCAGGACUCACGGGGCUCCUUGAGUCUCUUAUGUUUUCUCAUCAGCCCACCUGGGACGAUUGCCAACAGCUCCUACAGAUUCUCUUCACCACGGAGGAACGAGAAAGGAUUCUCCUUGAGGCCCGCAAGAAUGUCCUGGGGGACAACGGGGCCCCUACUCAACUCGACAACCUCAUAAAUGAGGCCUUCCCCCUCAAUCGACCUCAGUGGGACUACAACACAGCCGCAGGUAGGGAGCGUCUCCUGGUCUACCGCCGGACUCUAGUGGCAGGUCUCAAAGGGGCAGCUCGGCGCCCCACCAAUUUGGCUAAGGUAAGAGAGGUCUUACAAGGACCGGCAGAACCCCCUUCGGUUUUCUUAGAACGCCUAAUGGAGGCCUAUAGGAGAUACACUCCGUUUGAGCCCUCUUCUGAGGGGCAGCAGGCUGCAGUUGCCAUGGCCUUCAUCGGACAGUCAGCCCCAGAUAUUAAAAAAAAGUUACAGAGGCUAGAGGGGCUCCAAGAUUAUUCCUUGCAAGAUUUAGUGAGGGAGGCAGAAAAAGUGUACCACAAAAGGGAGACAGAAGAAGAAAGACAAGAAAGAGAAAAAAAAGAGGCAGAAGAGAGAGAAAGGCGGCGCGAUAAGCGCCAAGAAAAAAACUUGACUAGGAUUUUGGCCGCAGUGAUAAGUGAAAAAGGUUCUAGAGAUAGGCAGACAGGGAAUUUGAGCAACCAGGCAAGAAAGACACCUAGGGAUAAAAGAUCUCCUCUGGACAAAGACCAGUGCGCAUACUGUAAAGAAAAGGGUCACUGGGCAAGAGAAUGUCCCCGAAAGAAAAACGUCAGAGAAGCCAAAGUUCUGUCCCUAGAUGACUAGGGGAGUCAAGGUUCGGACCCCCUCCCCGAACCCAGGAUAACGCUGACUGUGGAGGGGACUCCCAUUGAGUUCCUGGUCGAUACCGGGGCUGAACAUUCAGUUUUGACCCAACCCCUGGGAAGGGUAGGGUCCAGACGGACAGUCGUACAAGGAGCAACAGGGAGCAAAGUCUACCCCUGGACCACAAAGAGACUUUUAAAGGCUGGACAUAAACAGGUGACCCACUCCUUUCUGGUCAUACCCGAGUGCCCCGCCCCUUUGUUGGGUAGGGACCUCUUAACCAAAUUAAAGGCCCAGAUCCAGUUUUCUGCUGAGGGCCCACAAGUAACAUGGGAAGACCGCCCUACACUGUGCCUGACCCUGAACCUAGAAGAAGAAUACCGGCUACAUGAAAAGCCAGGUCCCUCCUCUAUCGACCCAUCCUGGCUCCAACUUUUUCCCACUGUAUGGGCAGAGAGGGCAGGCAUGGGACUGGCCAAUCAAGUCCCACCAGUGGUAGUGGAACUAAGAUCAGGUGCCUCACCGGUGGCUGUUCGACAAUAUCCAAUGAGCAAGGAAGCCCGGGAAGGUAUCAGACCCCACAUCCAGAGGUUCUUAGACCUAGGGGUCUUGGUGCCCUGUCAAUCGCCCUGGAAUACCCCUCUACUACCUGUAAAAAAGCCAGGGACCAAUGACUAUCGGCCAGUCCAGGACCUAAGAGAAAUUAAUAAAAGGGUACAGGAUAUUCAUCCCACCGUCCCAAACCCUUACAGCCUUCUGAGUUCCCUUCCGCCCAGCCACACUUGGUAUUCAGUCUUAGAUCUCAAGGAUGCCUUUUUCUGCCUCAAGCUACACCCCAGCAGCCAGCCGCUAUUCGCGUUCGAGUGGAAAGACCCAGAAAAAGGUAACACAGGUCAGUUGACCUGGACACGGCUGCCCCAAGGGUUCAAGAACUCUCCCACUCUCUUCGACGAGGCCCUCCACCGAGAUUUGGCCCCCUUUAGGGCCCUCAACCCUCAGGUAGUGCUACUCCAAUAUGUAGACGACCUCUUGGUGGCAGCCCCCACAUAUAGAGACUGCAAAGAAGGGACACAGAAGCUCCUACAGGAAUUGAGUAAAUUAGGGUACCGGGUAUCGGCUAAAAAGGCCCAGCUCUGCCGAAGAGAGGUCACCUAUCUGGGGUACCUACUCAGGGGGGGAAAAAGAUGGCUGACCCCGGCCCGAAAGGCUACUGUUAUGAAGAUCCCCGCUCCCACGACCCCCAGACAGGUCCGUGAAUUUCUGGGCACUGCAGGAUUCUGCAGGCUCUGGAUCCCUGGGUUUGCUUCCAUAGCUGCACCCCUGUAUCCCUUAACAAAGGAAAGCAUCCCUUUUACCUGGACUGAGGAACAUCAGAAAGCUUUUGACCACAUAAAAAAAGCCUUGCUGUCAGCCCCCGCUUUGGCCCUCCCAGACCUCACCAAACCAUUUACUCUAUACGUAGAUGAGAGGGCCGGUGUGGCCCGGGGAGUGCUUACUCAGACUUUAGGACCCUGGCGGCGGCCAGUAGCUUACCUAUCAAAAAAAUUGGAUCCAGUGGCUAGCGGGUGGCCAACCUGCCUGAAAGCGGUUGCAGCCGUGGCACUCCUUCUCAAGGACGCUGAUAAGUUAACCUUGGGACAGAAUGUGACUGUGAUUGCUUCCCAUAGCCUCGAAAGCAUUGUGCGGCAGCCCCCCGACCGGUGGAUGACCAAUGCCAGGAUGACUCAUUACCAGAGCCUGCUGCUAAAUGAAAGGAUAUCGUUUGCACCCCCUGCCGUCCUGAACCCAGCUACCCUCCUACCAGUCGAGUCGGAAGCCACCCCAGUACACAGGUGCUCAGAGAUCCUCGCCGAAGAAACUGGAACUCGACGAGACCUGAAGGACCAGCCAUUGCCCGGGGUGCCAGCCUGGUAUACGGACGGUAGCAGUUUCAUCGCGGAAGGUAAACGGAGAGCAGGGGCCGCCAUCGUAGAUGGCAAGCGGACGGUGUGGACAAGCAGCCUGCCAGAAGGUACGUCAGCCCAGAAGGCCGAACUAGUGGCUUUGACGCAGGCAUUACGCCUGGCCGAAGGAAAAAACAUCAACAUCUACACCGACAGCAGGUAUGCUUUUGCCACUGCUCACAUUCAUGGGGCAAUAUAUAAACAGAGGGGGUUGCUCACUUCUGCGGGAAAAGACAUUAAAAACAAGGAAGAAAUUUUGGCCCUGCUAGAGGCCAUUCACCUCCCUAAGCGGGUCGCCAUUAUCCACUGCCCCGGCCACCAGAGGGGAAAUGACCCUGUGGCCACCGGGAACCGGAGGGCCGACGAGGCUGCAAAACAAGCCGCCCUGUCGACCAGAGUGCUGGCAGAAACUACAAAACCUCAAGAGCUAAUCGAACCCGCCCAGGUUAAGGCCGAGCCAAGAGAGCUCACCCCUGACCGGGGGAAAGAAUUUAUUCAGCGGUUGCAUCAGUUGACACACUUAGGACCAGAAAAGCUUCUCCAAUUAGUAAACCGCACCAGCCUCCUCAUCCCGAACCUCCAGUCUGUAGUUCGCGAGGUCACCAGUCGGUGUCAGGCUUGUGUCAUGACUAAUGCGGUCCCAACCUACCGAGAGAUCGGAAAGAGACAACGAGGAGAUCGACCCGGCGUGUACUGGGAGGUAGACUUCACAGAGGUAAAGCCUGGCCGGUAUGGAAACAGGCUUUAGAAGUUGUGAAGACCCAGAUCUGGGACCAGAUCAAGGAGGUGUACAAGCCCGGUACCGUGACAAUCCCCCACCCGUUCCAGGUCGGAGACCGAGUGCUUGUCAGACGCCACCGACCCAGCAGCCUUGAGCCUCGGUGGAAAGGCCCGUACCUGGUGUUGCUGACCACCCCGACCGCAGUAAAAGUCGACGGUAUCGCUGCCUGGGUCCAUGCUUCUCACCUCAAGCCUGCACCACCCUCGGCACCAGAUGAGUCUUGGGAGCUGGAAAAGACUGAUCAUCCUCUUAAGCUGCGUUUUCGGCGGCGGCAGAACGAGUUGGAGUGAAAACCCUCACCAGCCUGUGACCCUCACCUGGCAGGUACUGUCCCAAACUGGGAACGUUGUCUGGAAGACAGAGAAAGUCCAGCCCCCUUGGACUUGGUGGCCCAUUCUUACACCUGAUGUAUGUGCCCUGGCGGCCGGUCUUGAGUCCUGGGAUAUCCCAGA